AUGCUGAUAUUUUCUCCCUCUAUAUACCAGUUGUUGGAGAAAAAUUGUAGUGUAAAAACGGCAGAUAAACUAUUAAUUCCUGUUGUUUAUGGCUUUAAUUGUAAAAACGCGUCGGUUUUCUGGUCCAUGACGGAUUCGGAACUUUCCACCGCAGACCAAACAGGAGUCCAUAUUAGAGUUUCACUUGUGUCAGAUGAUCUUAAAGCGAUGGCAUUUUAUUUGGAGCACCUUUACUUUUGGUUUCUUGUGGGUCCAGUUAUUACGUUGGAAUGGCUCCGACGAAAGAAGAUACUCUGUUGCGUGACAACGACGCGACAAAUCGACGAGGAGUCUGGUAACGAGGAAAUGGUCGAGGAGGGCCGAGGACACUCUAUCCAACGAGCUCAAAUCUUUACGUAUCACGCUCAGACUAGUUCAAUCACAGUGCGUGUGGCGAGGAUAUUUGGAAGAGGUAUUCGCUACCUCGCAAUUGGUUUUGGUUAUGUGAUUCUCACUUUGGCAGCGCUCCCUGUAGGUAUCUCAAGUGGAGGAUUGUCUUUUUUCCGAUUUGAUGAACAAGAAAGAUUUCGGCAAAAAACUUUCUGGGAUGUUCUUCUACCAGAAAAUACGACUACCGUAAAACGAGACAAUCUUACCUCUACCACGACAACCGAGACAGGCGCUUCGAUAGCCGCAGUUGUCACUUUGUUGUGGUCAGUUGUACGAGUAUUUUCGUUUUUUAUGUAUAGUACGUUGGUCUGUAGGAGAACCUGGACCGUUUCGACGAACCCUUCAAAGUUGAUUCGGAGCGAUUGGUUUUCAUCCAACAUGUAUUUGCUCGUUUUGUGCUUCGUUGUACCAUACUGUUCUCUCAACCACACUCCAUUAUUUGAAAUUUUUUAUGAGAAGUUUUCAUAUUUUAUGCUUUACAAUGUAACUUGCACAGUUUGUAAUUUUCUUGUUAUAAUCAUCCUCAACAAACACAGAGUUGUCACAAGGUAUGUGUUCUACAUCAGUGUGUGUAUGAUCUGUGCUUAUGUUGAAAGUGACAUAGUAGCUGUGUUUUACUUCAUUCUCAAUUCGCAAGGCUCCCUGAAUAACUUAAAACUCACUGCCCUUCGCACUGUAGCACUGGGCCUCACUUUGUCUCUGAGUUUUAGUUCUUCAAUGCACAUAAUCCGCAAACUUAUGAAGCCACAGGAGUCUGUGUUUGAGGGACUGUCAGAGAGGUGA